AUGGCUUUAGCCCUGGUGGGCUCCCGGCUGGGCGCCCUGCUGAGCUGCUGCUGGGUCCCUGCGGCCGUCCUGGCCGCCGCCGCCGCCGCCCAGGGGGACGGGGACCCGUCCAAGGAGCUCGAGUGCAAGGUCAAGACCAUCACCGUGUCGGCGUUGCCUUUCUUGCGGGAGAACGACCUGAGCAUCAUGCACAGCCCCUCCGCCUCCGAGCCCAAGCUGCUGUUCUCCGUGCGCAACGACUUCCCCGGGGAGAUGGCCGUGGUGGACGACCUGGAGAACACCGAGCUGCCCUUCUUCGUGCUCGAGAUCUCUGGGAACACAGAGGACAUCCCCCUGGUGCGCUGGAGGCAGCAGUGGCUGGAGAACGGCACCCUGCUGUUCCACAUCCACCAUCAGGACGGGUCCCCGAACCUGCCCGGCCUAGACCCGACAGAAGAACCCCAGAGCGAGUCGGCCGAAGAAGAGCUACGGAUCCUGCACAUCUCUGUCAUGGGAGGCAUGAUUGCUCUGCUUCUCUCCAUCCUGUGCCUGGUGAUGAUCCUCUACACACGCCGGCGGUGGUGCAAGCGGCGCCGGGUGCCCCAGCCCCAGAAGAGCGCCAGCGCCGAGGCAGCCAAUGAGAUCCACUACAUUCCGUCGGUGUUGAUCGGCGGGCACGGGCGCGAGAGCCUGCGCAACGCCCGCGUGCAGGGCCACAACUCGAGUGGCACCCUGAGCAUCCGCGAGACCCCCAUCCUGGACGGCUACGAGUACGACAUCACCGACCUGCGACACCACCUGCAGCGUGAGUGCAUGAACGGCGGGGAGGACUUCGCCAGCCAGGUGACCCGCACCUUGGACUCGCUGCAGGGCUGCAAUGACAAGGCCGCGAUGGACCUCACCCCAGGGAGUGACAAUGCCAAGCUGUCCCUGAUGAACAAGUACAAGGACAACAUUAUUGCCACCAGUCCAGUGGAUUCCAAUCACCAGCAGGCAACCCUGCUGUCCCACACGUCCAGCAGCCAGCGUAAACGGAUCACGAACAAAGCCCGAGCUGGAUCUGCAUUUCUCAAUCCUGAAGGGGAUUCCGGAACCGAGGCAGAUAAUGACCCACAGCUGACCUUUUACACGGACCCAUCCCGGAGCAGGCGGCGAAGUAGAGUGGGCUCCCCGCGCAGUCCCGUGAAUAAGACCACUCUGACUCUGAUCAGUGUCACCAGCUGUGUGAUUGGCCUGGUUUGCUCCUCGCACAUGAGCUGUCCCCUCGUGGUCAAAAUCACCCUUCACGUCCCGGAGCACCUGAUUGCCGAUGGAAGCCGUUUCAUCCUCCUGGAGGGCAGCCAACUGGAUGCCAGCGACUGGCUGAACCCAGCCCAGGUGGUGCUAUUCUCUCAGCAGAACUCCAGCGGGCCAUGGGCCAUGGACCUCUGUGCCCGGCGGCUGCUGGACCCCUGCGAACACCAGUGCGACCCUGAAACUGGUGACUGCCUUUGCUACGAGGGUUACAUGAAGGAUCCGGUCCACAAGCACCUCUGCAUCAGGAAUGAGUGGGGCACCAACCAGGGACCCUGGCCUUACACAAUAUUUCAGCGCGGAUUUGACUUGGUCUUGGGGGAACAGCCUUCAGAUAAGAUAUUCAGGUUCACUUACACCCUGGGAGAAGGCAUGUGGCUGCCCCUGAGCAAGAGCUUCGUCAUCCCACCUGCUGAGCUGGCCAUCAACCCCUCUGCCAAGUGCAAGACGGACAUGACGGUGAUGGAGGAUGCGGUGGAGGUCCGAGAGGAGCUGAUGACUUCCUCCUCCUUCGACAGCCUGGAGGUUCUCCUGGAUUCCUUCGGACCUGUCCGCGACUGCACCAAGGACAACGGUGGCUGCAGUAAGAACUUCCGCUGCAUCUCAGACCGCAAGUUGGACUCCACCGGUUGUGUGUGCCCGUCGGGACUCAGCCCCAUGAAGGAUGGCACCGGCUGCUACGACCGCCACGUGGGCGUGGACUGCUCCGAUGGGUUCAACGGAGGCUGCGAGCAGCUCUGUCUUCAGCAAAUGGCACCCUUCCCCGAAGAUCCCACAUUGUACAAUAUCCUGAUGUUCUGUGGGUGCAUCGAGGAUUACAAGCUUGGGGUGGAUGGGCGCUCUUGCCAGCUGAUUGCAGAGUCCUGCCCAGAGGGAGGGGACUGUGGUGAGAGUCGGGAGCUGCCUAUGAACCAGACGUUGUUUGGCGAGAUCUUCUUCGGCUACAACAACCAUUCUAGGGAGGUGGCCCCCGGCCAGGUGCUGAAAGGAACAUUCAGGCAGAACAACUUCGCCCGGGGCCUGGAGCAGCAGCUACCAGAUGGCCUGGUGGUGGCCACAGUGCCCCUGGAGAACCAGUGCCAGGAGGAGAUAUCGGAGCCCAUGCCGGACCCAGACUUCCUGACGGGGAUGGUGAACUUCAGCGAGGUGUCCGGGUACCCUCUCCUGCAGCACUGGAAAGUCCGCUCUGUCAUGUUUCAUGUCAGGCUCAACCAAGUGACCAUCUCACAGGCCCUCAACAACGCCCUCCACUCUCUGGAUGGGGCCACCUCCCGAGGAGACUUUGUGGCCCUGCUGGACCAGUUUGGGAACCAUUACAUCCAGGAAGCGGUCUAUGGCUUUGAGGAGUCCUGCUCCAUCUGGUACCCUAACAAGCAGGUUCAGCGCCAGCUGUGGUUGGAAUACGAAGACAUCAGCAAAGGUAACUCACCCUCUGAUGAGUCGGAAGAGCGGGAGCGAGACCCCAAGGUCCUGACCUUCCCGGAGUACAUUGCCAGCCUGUCCGAGUCAGGCACCAAGCGUGUGGUGGCUGGGGUCCGCCUGGAGUGCCGAAGUCGGGGCCGGUGCCCUUCAUCCUGCCCACUCUGCCAUGUGACCUCUGGCCCAGACACUCCCGCUGAACCGGUCCUGCUGGAGGUGACCAGGGCAGCGCCCAUCUAUGAACUGGUCACCAACAACCAGACCCAGAGGCUGUUGCAGGAGGCUACCAUGAGCUCCCUUUGGUGCUCUGGCAGCGGAGACGUCAUUGAGGACUGGUGUCGCUGUGACUCCAGCGCUUUUGGGGCUGAUGGACUCCCGACCUGUGCACCCCUCCCACAGCCUGUGCUGCGGCUGUCCACUGAGCAUGAGCCCAGCAGCACCCUGGUUGUGCUGGAGUGGGGCCACUCCGAACCCCCCAUCGGUGUGCAGAUUGUCGACUACCUCGUCCGGCAGGAGAAGGUCACUGAUAGGAUGGACCAUUCCAAAGUGGAGACAGAAACGGUGCUCAGUUUUGUGGAUGAUAUCAUCUCGGGAGCCAAGUCACCCUGCGCCAUGCCAUCUCGAGUCCCCGACAAGCAGCUCACCACCAUCUCUUUGAUCAUCCGCUGCUUGGAGCCUGACACCACCUACAUGUUCACCCUGUGGGGAGUGGACAACACUGGCAGACGCUCCAGGCCGAGUGAUGUGACGGUCAAGACCCCCUGCCCUGUGGUGGAUGAUGUGAAAGCGCAAGAAAUAGCAGACAAGAUCUACAAUCUGUUCAAUGGGUACACCAGCGGCAAGGAGCAGCAGACGGCCUAUAAUACCCUGCUAGAUCUCGGUUCCCCCAGCCUGCACCGGGUCCUCUACCACUACAAUCAGCACUACGAGAGCUUUGGAGAGUUCACCUGGCGCUGCGAGGAUGAACUGGGCCCCAGAAAAGCUGGGCUCGUCCUGUCACAGCUCGGUGACCUGAGUGCCUGGUGUCACGUGCUGCUGCGGGAGCCCCAGAUCAGCCUGCAGCGCGCCUCCCUCAAAUUCCUGGCCUGCCGCUACAGCGAGAUCAAACCCUACGGGCUCGACUGGUCGCAGCUCAGCCGGGACCUCCGCAAGACGUGCGAGGAGCAGACGUUGAGCGUCCUCUAUAACAACUAUGGCGACCCCAAGGACAACUAGGUUGGGACCGCUCAAGGCGGAACCUGGCCCCGCACUGUGGGACUUGCGCAGCGCGAAACUCUUGAUAAGCACGACUGGAAUCGCGGCCUGCCUGCCGCAGGCUAGGCCCCGGCCUCUGUCAGGUUGGUGGCGGGGGCAGCCAGUUGCGGUUGGUCGCCCGCCUCUUUCUUUCCACAAGCGUCAUCCAAGCGUCCCGGUGAGCUGACGCUCCAGGCAGGUGGGGCUGUGCCCCGGGAAGGGUCUCUUGCCCGUGCCAGGUCACAGAGGGCUGCGAGACCCAGGUCUCCGCCUGGGGAGGGGCUGACUGGCAGGUGGGCAGCCCAGUGGGUCACCCAGAGCCAGGAUGCUGAAAGCUGUUCUCUCGCCGCCACCCAAGCUCUCACCUCUAUCCAGCAUUCGUCCGCCUCUGCCUCCAUCCUGGAGCUGAUAGGGCCAUCGGGAUCCCUCAAGAAGGGGUAUUCCCAAAGCUGGGCCUCUCGCCUCCUGGGAUACCUCUGGCUUCUUGGUGCAGGUUGUCCCAGAGCUUGUCUCUGUGCUGGUUCCCUAGGCUGAAAGCUCACCCGUCCCUGGACACACGGAGGUGUCAAGGGCUUCCGCAAGGGCCUCAGGCCCCCCUGCCACCCUGGGCCUGCUGGUGUCAGCCAAGCUCCAGCUCGGUGUGGGAGGGGUCAAUUCCUCCACCUCAGUGGUUCAGCUCAUCUUCACCCUUCAAAGCUUCUGGCUGUUUUUUCCUGCUCACCCUGUUCCGUUACUUGUCUAAUUUUACAAAUCAUUUUUCCUGACGACCUACAGCACCGACACCCGCUCCCAGCCCCCCUCCUUCUUCAGUGAGCCGGGACCAAGGUGCGUGCAAACCUCCCUCACCUGUCACUGAGCUGGGACCAGUGAGUGCGAUGGAUGCAGACACUCUGGGUAGGCAAGCGACAGUGCAGUCAGUGUUAACCCCAGCUGCUCAGACUAGCAGAGCGGGAUGGGCUGGCGGGGCAGGAGAUUGUGGACUCUCGGCCAUUCUUGGAUGGCUCUUGCUCUCAUGGGCCAUGGGCUGUCACUGGGGGACGGUGUUGGAGUGAAGGGGCUGGGCCUCCCGGGUGGGUGGAGGGGCCUUUUGGGGAAGCCCUCACUUCACAGCCUUGAGUUUGGCCAGAGAACAAUCCUUCCUCAUCCCCCCAUGCCCUCAAAAGGGGUAGCAGGACCUUUUCAUUGUUUAAAUACCCCGAGUGGGGAAAUUUCCUCCCUGUCCUGCCAUGCCUCCUGGGGCCUCGUGCAGGGGAGUCUAUCUAGCACCAGUGCAGCUGGGCCCUCCUCUUGGAUCUGAUCUGGGAUGCUGGGUCGUACCUUGGUGGAAAAGGGGUGGGGUGGGGGGUGGAGAGAGAGAGAGAGAGAGAGAGAGAGAGCGCAUGAGCAUGCCACGUGGGUAUGCCCCCUGGUGUAGCUGAGAUGGAUGCUCAUGGGCUGAAAGGAAGAGGAGGGAGAGGAAGAGAUGGAAGAGGACAGAGAGAAGUAAUAAGAGUGGACCAACAGCAUUAUUUGGGGUUUUCCACGUUCCCUCCCCAAGUCUGUUUUUGUCUAGUGUUUGGGGAGUUGUCUCACCUCAGACCUCUGAUGUGUCCACGUUUUUUCCUUCACCUCUCCCUUCACCCUCCUUCUUUGUUCUCUCCCCCACUACCUGGCUUCACCCCAGCACCCCCUCAGUCCCAUGCUGCCACCACCCACCCUCAGGUGAGAGGGAAGGGCAGGGGUGGCAGGUGCAGGCCAGGGCCCUGGAUGGGUUGGGACCAUCUUCAUCUUCACAGCAGGAGGCUGAUCAGCAGUGCAGAUUCCAUCUUCUUUGAGAGGGCUGACACCCCCUCCCCUCCGCUUCCCACCGACCCCUGACCCGCCACUGGACUGAUCCUCUACCACACUGCUGCCUCCCCCAACCCAGUCUCCCAGUGGAGAGACCAGGAAGGGAGGGCACUGGUUGACAGUAUUAAUCCUGAUGUUGCCUGCUGUCCUUGACUGCCAAACCAAAUAAGGUCAGUCAAUCGACGGUAUUUAUUUAGCAUUUCCAGUAUGCAGAGCACCGUGCGGAGCACUUGGGAGAAGACAAUACAGUAGAGUUGGUGGGCACGAUCCCUACCCUCAAAGGAGGUGACGAUCCAGCAUGUCCCUCUGGGACUAGCUGACACCCAGCCCACAGCCCCCGGUUCCUGGGGUCCCGUGGGAUGGGAAUCAUCUCUGGAAGCCGCCCUGGGUGAGCUUGUGUCACCGGGAGGGCCUCUGGCUACUCCCCAGCCAUGGGUUUCUUGUCCACGGAGGCCAAGCUGAUGCCUUUUUUUUUCCUCUCUGCACCGGUGGCGAUUAUGACCGCAUGUCGUGGUAGUUGGCAAUUACCUAAAAACCUAAUGGGGGCCUUUUUACCACUGUGGGUGGGAAGGACGACAGUGCUGAGGCGGGACCAUUUCAGGUAUCGCAGUAUUAUUUUAAAAAAGGUUUUAAAAUAAUUGUUGUAUGAUUGUAAAAAAAAAAAGCAAUCCAGUUGAGAGUGAACCGAGUAUUAAACCAGUCUGUUA